AUGGAAUUAGAGACGAAACAACGGAAAAAUCAUCUUCUAAUUCGAAGAACCGAAUCAAACUAUUUAGACGGUAGUCCUGAUUGUUUAACAGAAGCUUUUAUCACUAUUUAUAAUAAUUCCAUAUGGUGUUUACAAUCGAUCUAUGAAGUUUUACUUCGAUCUUUUUGGCAAGUGUUCCUUCUAGCGAAGGGAGAAAUCUGCUACGAUUCAAUAGAUAAAAUGGGAACAAUCCCGAUAAAUGUUAUCCCAAUGAACAAUUCAGCAGGAGAAAAUGCUCCUUAUCAUCGAUUGCCUCGCAGCCAUUCUCAGUAUUCACGUUAUAGUAAGAAAUCGAAUCUACUUUGCAAUCAAACUCGUGUAACAAUUCGUCCAAUAUCAAAUGUAAAUUUAAAUCGAACACCAUCGAAUCCAAAAUUUACACAGAAAGAGAAAAAACCAUCGAAGACUUUCGGAACAAUCAAUUCACAUAUUACUGUUGCACCUCUUCCUUCUUCCCAUUGUCAAACUCUAAUAUCGAAUGAUAGUCACCCGUACCAUCCAAUUGAUUUAUCACAAUUAGAGAAAAUUGGUUCACGUGAACAACUAGCCGAUGAACUAUGCCAUCGAUCAUGUCAACCGUUAAUGUUUACGAAUCGAGGAAUGUGUUGUGGACAUUGCCGCUCGAUUCAUCUCCCAAAUGUAGCAUUUCCGCUACAAGAGAAAGUAUCGAGAGAAAAAACACCGAAACUCAGCGAUGCGAGUGACACACAAUCGACUCCUUACUCAGGUUUGUCUGUGUCACCUAGUCUUCGAUCUCCGCAGACACAAUCACGAGAAGAGAAUGAAACGUACGAGCAAAAUCAAUCGAUUUUCUCGUUUCCUGAUCAUGAUACACCACUUUCUCAGCAAUCCCAAGAUAUAAUUAAUGACGAUAGCCAAUUGAGAUUGGAUGCGGAAGUAUUUGUCAAUGAUUCCAUACACAAUGCACAAGAAAAGUAUCGAAAAAGUUUACAAAACUCGUCUAAAAGUGAUUACAAAGAUGAUACUAAACAAACGGUAAAGCUUCGCUCUAAAUCCGUCGUUAUUUCUGAUGAACUGCCAAACGAGAAGUCAACUGAGACGAAUAAUUUAUAUCAGCGACUUUGCAGUAAACUCAAUUUAUCGAAUGUCAAUCAGAUAUCUGAAAUUGUUGAUUUACUUGCUUGGAAAGCUCCGCAUAUUCUCAAAGAACAACCUGCAAAUACCAGUCAAGGUCUUUUUCAAAACCCACUCAAACAUUUCAAAACCUGUCUGUACUCUUUUAUAGAAAAAGAAAGUCAUUUAUGCGGUCAAUUACUUCUCCAUCCGCCUUUUAAUCCAAAGCGAUUGAUACAUCUCUGUCCAGAUGGAAGUAUUCAAGUUCUUUCCGCCAUUGACGACCAGAAGUCUUAUGAUCACCAUCAACAGUAUCAUCUGAAUUAUUCCAACUCAGCAACAAAUGAAUCACCACUUGCUCUAGAAUAUGAAACAAUCGCGGUGGAUUCACCGACAGAUUUGAAUCAUAGAAUCAUUGCUGAGUCGACAUCUCUUCAGGAGAUACAAGCUCUUGUCAAAUAUGAUAAUCUACUAGAAGAUUCGUCAAUUGAAAUCGAUUUCGAAGAGAAUGAUCCUAUAAUCAAAGUCGAUCUUGAAUUAGAGGAUGAGAUAACCGAAGUGCAUAGUGAAAAUUCUUUUCCGGAGAUCUUCUUCAAACGUAUCAUCACACCGGAACGUAACCAGGUCAUGCGUCAUAUAACAGAUCGUUCAUCAUAUUCAACGAUAAGCUCAUGA